GGGUCGUCAUCGGCGGCGAGUGGGUUACGAGCUAAGACUGGGUCGGCGAGCGGAGAGCGACCGAAGGUGCCGAGCCGGAAGAAGCAAGAGGUCCAGGGGAGCAAGAAGGGCGAGAAGGGCGAGAAGGGUGAGAAGGGCGACAAGGGGAGUCGCAGCAAGGAUGUGCAAGGAGGGGGCAAGGAAGAGGUCUCAGGUGACCAUGUCAUGGUUCAUGUCUUUGCUCUCCUUCCCGGGGGACCUGGUGCUGGCUCGGGAGCUGCCGUCUCGGCUGGUGCAUCGGGUCCGAGCAGGGAAAGGCCGAGCGGUGGUGGCGGUGGUGGCGAUGGUGACUACACGGAUCCAUCGGCUUCGAUGACAACCUUCCUCAUGGACAGAUCGACGCCGCUCCCGCUCUUUGGUGAACUUGUCGCCAACCACUUUUACCCCAGUCAGGUGCAGAGCUCAGGGCGCCGAUCAGGCGGUGGUGCCGGCGCGGGACGAAGGAGCCCGACUGCGGUGGCGGUCUUCAAGUUUGACAAGGCCUCCGAAUCCACUGAGCGGAUUGAAAUGACCGAAGACGAGGCAAGUCUUGGGUCGGUGGUGGGAAGGGAGAGCCAAGUCAACCUGAUGGUGUGUGUCGAGCCGGUGCCGGUGUCGACCGAGCGGAUGCUGCGGAUCAUGACCCAGAUGCUGACGCCGACUGACGCCGUCCUCCACACCGUGCGGCGGCUCAAAGCCGAUCCACAGAGUAUUGAGGCGAUCGACCGGCUGGCGUCUGUCUGGACGAGCCAGCAGGCCAGCUCGCCACUUGGCACAUCGGACGCGUCGGCGGUGCAGUCCUCGGCAACACCAAUCAUUUUCGGACUCAUCCUUGCGUCGGGCAACACUGUGUGGAGCGAGGCCAUGCGUGAAGAGCUGACCGGCAAGUCGGCGAGCCACGCGCUUGCUUGGCUUGUCCGGCUACUGCAGGACGACCAGUUCCAGGCUGCGUUCAACAAGCACAUCAAGCCGCUCCACCUUCGCCACCUCCACAUGCACUUGACGAGCGAAGUGGCAGACGUGCGCGAUGUGGCGCUGCUGUUCAUUGGCCAGCUCCAGCGGUUCUCGCCCAAGCUCCAGAACUACACCCAGUACAUCCCGCAGUUCUGCAUCAAGGAUGUCACCGAGUUCCUGCUCUCCUUCACCAAGGCACCCGAGAGCCGGUACCGGUUCUCGCCGGCGACGGCUCGCCGCCUCGGUGCCCUCAUCGACAACCACGAAGAGGCCAUUCAGCUGCCACAGCUCGACGAGGCUCACAUCGCAAGCGUGACAAACGGCUGCAUCCUCGUCGAUCCGGUGACUGGCAAGAUCACUACCGCUCACCUUAACCGACUCUUUACCGAUGUCGCCGAUCCCGACGACGACGACGCCGACGUCGGCGAAUCCGGCGACGGCACGGCCGCGGCCGCAGCGUCAGCCGGGCCCGAAAACUCGGCCACGGCGUCGACCACGCCCGCGUUUUCGUUUGCCGCAGCCAAGUCAGACGGGGUCGGCGCUGACGGGCAAGGUGCUGCUGCUGGCGACAUGGGUUUGGGAGCUGCGGGAGCGACUGGGCCAGGGACCGGGACCGGAGACGGAGCUGGAACCGGGGCUGAUGCUGGAUUUGGGCCGGGGGCAGGAGGUGCGGCUGGGGGCGAAGGUGGCGCUGACGGCGAGGCAGGCGGAGGCGCAAGCAGCAGCGCAUCCACGACCAGCAGCACAAUCGGCAUGUCUGGCAUGAGUGGUCCGAACGCGAGCGCAAACACGAGCGUAGCUGCCAGCGACGGGUCCAAGAUCGAGGCCUACAACCAGACACUAGCCGGGAGUGGCACUGGUGUCGGAGCCGGGUCUGGAGCCGGAGCCGGAGGAGGAGCCGAUGCCGAGGCAUCCAACAGCGCAGCGGCUUCUGCAAGCACCAGCAGCACGGCCGGCGCAAGCGGCGCAAGCGGUGGUGAGGGCACCAAGGCCGAAUCCCACCACCAAUCCGGGGCCGAGCCGGUGCAGGGCGGAGACGAAGGCAAGGCGGAAAUACCGUUGAGCGGCGCUGAAGGCGAGAGCGCGUUUGUGACUGCGGUGAGUGGGCGGGCGAGCGGCUCGGGCGGACCACCGCACCCAUGCGCCGAGGCACUGGCGGCGGUGCUGACUCGGCGAGAGCGACUGGAGGAGCGGCGGGCGGAGAAGGCUGCGCUGCUGGAGAAGCUGGAGAGCAAGAACAGUGAGAUGGCCAGCCUCAAGUCUGCACUGCUGGCCAAGAUUGCGUCGAGCAAGAGCGAGUCAUCCAAGAAAAAGAACGAGGGCAAACUGGCCAAGCUUGGGCUCAAGAUCAAGUCGCAUGCGGCCAAGCUGAGCAAGGCACGAAUGGCAAUGGAGGAGAUCGAGCUCGAGCUGCGGUCUGUGCACUGGCAGCGCGAGGGCACACUCAUUGUCUCGCACCUGCACUCGCUCAUCGACUCGGUGGCACGCGACGACGACGCGACAGACAUCAAGGAGCAGCAGGAUCGGUGGAAGUCGCAACUUCUUGACUUGUCGAGCGAUGUGGUGACGGCGUCGACGUACGUAGGCAUGGUCGGGCUGAUGAAGGCCGGCAAGUCGUCGACGAUUUCCGGGCUGGUGGGCUGCGACAUUUGCCCAUCUCGGGCGACGGCAAUGACUGUCAUUCCGACCAUCAUCACCCAUGUCGAGGGCGUGCAGGUGCCACGGCUCUUCUUUCCGCCGGCGUGCGUGGAGGCACUGCGAGCUGCAGUCGCCGCCAUCAAGUCACACCUCAGCUCACUCGACUCGCGGCUGGCAACGUCCAAGAAGGAGAUGGACGACUUGCUCGAGCUCAUCUACUCGAACGAUAGCGCCAUCCAGUUUAGUGUGGCGGCGAUUUGUGGUGUUGAGGAGAUCCAGAGCGCGCUGGUGGUGGCAAACGACGUGGUGCGGCUUGCCGAGUAUCUGGGAUUGGAGGGUGCGAAUCCACUGGCGCGCAUCAUGGACCUUCACGAUCUGCCGCACAUCGAGGUCCAGUUUGCGGUCAUGUCCGAGACGGGUAUGUUUGGGCGGCUUUCGUUCAUCGACUCGCCGGGUCCCAACGAGUUUGGCAUGGCAGGGCUCGGCGAGGUGGUCCGGCGGACGCUGAAACAGGCGUCGAUCAUUGCGGUAGUGCUCAACUACGCGGCGCUGGCGGUGAAGCAGCAGGGGGAGAUCAACGAGAUGGUCCGCGAGGCGACUGCUGACCUCCAGCAGGAGGUUUAUAUGUUUGUCAACAAGUACGACCAGCGGAACACGGCGUCAGGCGACAUGGACGAGGAGCAGCUCCGCGACUACAUCCAGCGCAACAUUGUGUUUGGCUCGGGCUCGUCGACCUUUGCGCGGGAGAACAUUUUCCCGGUCUCGGCCAAGUACGCGCAGUUUGCCAACACGGCGAGGCAGUACUUGUCGAACCCAGACGGGAGCGCUAUCGGCGACGACGAAGUGUACGUGCCUGAUCCGGACGAGAUGGGGUGGGUGAAGGACUUUGCGCGGAUUGCGUGGGGCGAGACAUGGUCGCACGAAAAGGUGUACCCGUCGAUGCUGGAGAUCAACGACGUGGCACGGUUCCGGCAGGGAGUGGACGCGGUGUGGCGGAGCUCGCGGCUCAACGAGCCGCUUGAGUCGAUGCUCCGGCACUGCUACACCAAUGCCGGCGUCAUCUCGCUGCAGCAGUCGCUCGCACGGUGCCAAGCCAUUGCCGACUCGUUCAAGCUCGACCUCAACUACCAGAUCGGGACCGUGACGGCGUCGGUCGCGCAGCUCGAGUCGUUCCUCAUUGUCUCGGCCUCGGCGUACGACGACAUUCGCAAUGCUAUUGUCGACAUCAAAAAGUCAGCCGUGGAGCUGGCGCUCAAGCGGCUGCCGUGGCUCAUUCUCGACGCCAUCGAGAGCGCGUCGGACCACAUUGUGGACAACCCGGCGAACAUGCUGCGGCUGGUCAAGGAGGUCAUUGCCACGCUCCGCGAGGGCCCGAGCGCUAAGGAGGGCCUCGUCACCCAGUUUACCGCCAUCUUUACCGGCUCGGAGCCGCUCUCGUUCGCGUCGCAAGAAGAGGCCGAGGAGGUCAUCGAGCAUCUAACUGAGGUUUUCAAGAGCGCCGCGUCGCGGGUCCAAGCCGACAUUAUCAACAAGAUCCUGACCAACACCAAGAAGAUCAACUACAACAUCGGCCAGAUGGUCAAGGAGCGGCUCAAGCCGCAUCUCCGCCAGUACGAGGACGAUCUCGAGCGGGUCCUCGCCAUGAACAUCGAGUUCCCGGAGAUCAACGCGCCGGACCUCGACGAGUUUGGCGAGGGCAUCCAGGCCUCGACGCUCAAGCUUCUCGAGCAGCCGACAACCCGGGCGUGGGCCGUCAAGUGGCUGUUCAAGUUUAUUCCGGUCCCGUGGCUCCGCAAGAACAAGGCUUCGACCUACGAAGUUGUCCCCGCUCGCAUCCGCGAGGCCUUUGACCAGGGCAUCCGGCGGGUCUUUGACUCGACGCUCGAGGCCUCCAAGCAGCUUUCGCACGUCCUCCAGAGGGUCGUCGAUGAGUACGGCGGUCAGGUCGAGAACGAGCUCAACAAGCUCAUCUCGCGCAUCCGUCAGUCGAUCGAGAACAAGAAGUCGACCCAUGACCGCUCCAUCUUUGUCAAGCACCUGUGCGAGGAGCAGCUGUGGAAGCUCGAGGAGUACUACCGCCGGGCCCGCGACCUCGCGGUUCUCCUUGAGGCGCACGGCGGGAGCGGCGAGAGCGAAGACGGCGCGAGCGAGUCGGCCUCAAGCGAGUCGUCCGCCGGAGGCGGGAGCUCUGCGAGCACAAGCGGAGCAAGCGGAAGCGAAGAGGAGGCCAUCGAGUGGGGCAAGAACCCAACAACGCCACGGUUUAAGCGGUUCGGGUACAAAGUGAGCGUGCCCAAGGCGUCGAUCCUCUACCCGCGCCAGCUCUCACGAGUGGUCAUUGCCACGGACGUGGCCAAGCUCCGAGAGGCGUCGCGGGCCAGCGGGAGCGGGAGCGGGAGCGGCAACAGUGCAGGCUCUGUGGCCGGUGGCGGGCGCAAGGUCACGUUUGGCAAGAGCCGUGUCGGCGCGAGCGCGAGUAGCGGAGGUGCAGGCGCAAGCGGACAGUCGUCGUCGGCGGCUGCGCUCAUCGAGUCCAAGUACGGCGGAGUGGGCGUGAAGAAGAAGACCUCGUACCUCGAGUUCAAGAUCAAGUACGGGACGUUCACGGUUGGGCGUGAGCUUGGGCGCGGGGCGUUUGCCACGGUCUACGCUGGUGAGUACAACGGGCGGCGAGUGGCCAUCAAGGACAUGCGGAUCCGCAAGAACCGUGUGGACGAGGCCAUCGGCGAGGUGGAGAUCAUGUGGAAGCUCUCGCACCCGAACCUCGUCGAGUUCCUCGGCUUUUCCUCGCACGGCUCGUCGUUCUUUAUUCUUAUGGAGCACAUGCAGGGCGGCUCGCUCCGAGACUGGUUCAACGACCACGAGGGCGACGCGGGAGCCAUGAGCUACGGCGACCGGGUUCUCCUCGUCGAGGACAUCACUCUCGGACUCGAACACAUGCACUCCAAGGGCGUUCUCCACCGCGACCUCAAGGCCGGGAACGUCCUCCUCGAGGAGAGCGAGGGCCGGCUCCGCGGCAAGCUCUCCGAUUUUGGCACGUCCAAGUCGUCGCGGACGCCCGUGGCCUCGGUCUACCAGACCGUCAAGGGCACGCCGGUCUACAUGCCGCCGGAGCUUCUCUCGUCGUGGGCAAACAGGCGGAACAAGGCCCGAUACUCGGCAACCAUCGACAUCUACGCCCUUGCCAUGAUCAUGUUUGAGCUAUGGACAACCGCGCCGCUCAUCGAGUCGGCCGACCAGUUCAACAUCGACGAGAUCCUCCGCGGCCGGCGGCCCGACUUUCCUCCUGGCUUCCCGCCGAGCACCCGCCGCUCCACGCACUUAUCCGCCGGCGAGGUUGUCAAGCGGCUCAAGGUUGUCCGAGGUGAAAUGGGAUUGUGAUGAUAUGUUGGU